CUAUCCUGAACUUUUUAGCAUGUUAAAAAUAGUCUUUGAAUUGUUUACACGGUUGUAAAUUUAUUUUUUUAUUGAGUUUUACCACACGUGAAAAAUAAAAUAAUGACAUGACUACUUAACCAAUUAUCACUGCAGUGACAUAUCAACGGCCUUUUAUCUUUUUUUUUUACUGAUAAUGCAAACUCAAUUAGGUGUACUUUUUCAGGUAUCAAGAAGAAGGGUAACCUUUAGAUUGUUACAAUUUUACUUACUCCAUACCCUUAGGGACUCCCAUUAUUUUACUUACUCCUUGGAACAUUGUAAAAACAUUAAAUCCAUCAAAAUAAUGCAUGCCCACAUAACUAUUUGUGGUCAUAACCAAAACCCAUUUACUGCUUCUAAAUUGGUUGGCAAGUACAUUGAGCACUCUUGUGAAAACUCAAGCAUGGAAGAUGCACAGAAGGUGUUUGAUAGUUUGCUUAAGAGAGAUGUUUUCUUGUGGAAUAUUGUUAUUCAAGGUUAUGCUAAAUGUGGUCCUUUUGUUGAAGCUAUUGGUAUGUAUUGUAGAAUGAGGCAAAGUGGUUUAUUACCAAAUAAUUACACCUACAUUUAUGUGUUGAAGGCUUGUGGUGCUAUGAAAGAUUGGAAGAAUGGUGGAGUUGUGCAUGGACAUGUUGUUUUGUCUGGUCUUUACUCGGAUUUGUUUGUUGGGAAUGCUCUUGUAACUUUUUAUUCUAAGUGUCAGGAAGUUAAUGUAUCAAGAAAAGUGUUUGAUGGUAUUGCUCAGAAAGAUAUUGUAAGCUGGAAUUCGAUGAUUUCGGGGUAUGUUGCAAACGGAUUCGUGGAUGAAGCCCUUGAGGUUUUUUGUACCUUGCUACGAGAUGAAACAUGUUGUGUGAAUCACUCCACUCUUGUUAGCACUCUUCCGGCUUGUGUCCAAGCAUCGGGGAUUCGAGUUGGCUUGUGGAUUCAUUCUUACAUUAUCAAGUCGGGGAUGGUUUUGGAUUCGGCUUUAAGCAGUGGCCUCAUCUCAAUGUAUGGAAACUGCGGUCGAGUAAGCAUUGCCAGAGAAGUGUUUGUUCAAACCAGAGAUAAGAGCUUAGAAGUAUGGAGUGCUAUGAUAAAGUGUUAUGGAAUGAAUGGGCAUGCAAAUGAGGCAGUUGAGAUCUUUUCGCGGUUUUUAGGCUUCGGUUUAUACCCUGAUGGUGUUAUGUUUUUGUGUUUGUUGUCUGCAUGUAGUCAUGCUGGUAUGGUUGAAAAAGGCUGCCAAAUCUUUGAAAAAAUGGAGGAAUAUAGAGUGGAGAAAAGGCAUAAGCAUUAUGCUUGUAUGGUUGAUCUUUUCGGUCGAGCAGGGUUUGUAGACCAGGCUAUUGAGUUUAUCAAGAACAUGCCAGUGCAGCCGGGGAAAGAUGUUUAUGGCGCUCUCCUCGGUGCUUGUAGAAUGCAUAACAAUACAGAACUUGCAGAAGAAAUCGCGAAAAGAUUGGUGUUGGUGGACCCUAACAAUGCUCGACAGUACAUAACUAUGGCGAGUUUGUACGAAGAGAGAGGGCGAUGGGAGGAGGCGGCUAGAUUGAGAGACGAACUGAGAGAGAAGAAAAUAAGGAAGCUUACUGGGACUAGCUCAAUCAACAGGAUUUGAAAUGCAACUGUAUUAGACUGCUAUGUAAUACAGAAAUAAUUGUUGUGAUUCCUCUCCAAUUCACAAGAAUACAAAUACAUGAAACAUGUUUGAAAAUACAUUCAUUCCCCCAAGUACCAACAUUUUUCAACUAUGAAUUACACAAAUUUACAAUUUGAAACCAAUCUAGCGAGGCAAGGCGGGGCGGGGCUGACCGAAAAAUAGAAAAGAAUGAAUCAAGAUAGAAACUCAACAACCUAGUAAAGGGUACAACAUACCAAUUACCCCCAUUAACAGUCAUUUUAUGAACAAUGAGUAGGGUCGUAGGGUCGGGUUUACGUGGUGAGUACAUCGGGAAGAGUCGCAGAAUGAGCUCCGAUUAUUUUACCACCAACAUCUGGGAAUGAAUCACAAUCAGACAAGGGAACAACCUUUCCGUCUUCAUUUACGUGUAGAGGAUACUUCAGAAGGUGUCCCUGUAAUGGUGUGAACUCUUCAGUCAUAAAAUUGUUCCAGUUUCGUAUGGCAAUGUCGUUCACCAUCUUCACACAGUCUAAAUUUUCUGGCUCUUCAAAGCAGUGAUCCAACUUGCCAAGAUGUUCAGCCCAAAGGGACAUCCUAUAUCCAUAUA